CCGCAGCCCUACACCCCCUACCCAAUAACAGAUGCGCGCGAGCAUACGCAGAGCGUGUUUUUGGGUGGUUUUCAUGCGGGUGCGCUUACGGAUAGGACUGGGUCUUUGUCGUGGUGCGCAGCGAGCUGGGGGUUCAGCCGCGUUGCUGACGGAGGGGUCGUCAGCAUAAAAGGAUGGGGGGUGCUGUUGUGGUUGGGUUUUGUCAGAUUCUGUUUUUUCUGUUCGAGCUGUAUACCCAUUCUCAUCUGUUAAUCUUUAUUUCAUUUAAGACGAUUUCUAUCUAUCUACCUUAUUCGUUGUUAUCAUCCACAUACCUCCAUUCACACACGCCCAACCCACACCCCAAAAAUGCGGCCCUUCACCCUCUUCUCCCCCCCAAAAACCCCCUUCCAAAUCCUCUCAGACCUGCACCUCAACCACGCCUCCCAAUACCUAACCUUCCACAUCCCCGUCUCCGCCCCCUACCUAAUCCUCGCCGGAAACAUCGGCCGCCUAAUCGACUACGACUCGUACCUCUCCUUCCUAAUCCGGCGCUGCAACCUGCACGAGAAAGUCUACCUUGUGCCCGGCGCCCUCGAGUUCCACGGCCUGAGCUGGAUGGACGGCCUGCAGCUCGCGCACCGCAUGGAGAAAGAGCCGCAGACGCGGGGACGGUUGGAGGUGCUGUACGAGACGCGGGCGGAUGUGCCCGGGACGAAAGUCUCGCUGCUGGGGGCUACGCUGUGGAGUCGUAUCGCCGAGGGGGACGCGGCGGCGGUGGUGAAGCGCGGGGGGGAGUUUGACGCCGCGACGGGGAUGAGGGAGUGGGGCGUUGAGCGGCAUAAUAGCGAGCAUCGGCGGGAUUUACGGUGGCUGCUCGAGGAGGUUAGGGGGUUGGUGGGCGCGGGUAGGCGGGUUGUUGUUGUUACGGCUUUUGCGCCGGAUUUGCAGAAUUGUCUCGAGCCGUGGCAGGUGGAUGCGCCGUGGGCGGCGGCGUGUGGGACGGAUUUACUGGGCGGGAUGGGGUGGAAGGGCGUUGAUGUUUGGGUGUGUGGGACGACGGGGCGGACGUGCGAGGUGAGGGUGAAUGGGGUGCGGGUGGUGAGUAAUCAGCGGGGGAGGGAGGAUGAGUCUGUGACGGGGAUGUUGAGGGAUGGGCUGUCGGAGAAGCAGAAGGUUGGGGUUUUUGAUGUUAUGAGGGUUGUUAGGGUUUGAAUGCAUG